AUGUCGGCAACCGACCCUAAGACAAUUCAUACUUCCGAGGAAGGCUCCCAGGAUAGCGACAAUGGCGACGUAUUGCUCGCUCAAGUGGACUGGACCGCAGAAGAAGAAAAGAGAGCAAAGCGCAAACUCGACUUCACCAUUAUGCCACUCCUCACUCUCGGGUUUUUCUGCCUUCAACUCGACCGUGGUAACAUGGCCAACGCCAUUACGGACAAGUUCAUGGAAAACAUUGGUAUAACUCAGAACCAGUUCAAUGUUGGUCAGCAAAUGCUGUCACUCGGAAUUGUCCUUUUCGAGAUUCCCUCGAAUAUGGUCCUUUAUCGCGUUGGACCGGGAAAGUGGCUCACUCUCCAAUUGUUUCUCUUCGGUACCGUGAGCACUUUCCAGGCCUGGCAGACGAAUUACGGCUCUUUCAUCGCAACCCGCUUUUUGCUAGGAAUCACAGAGAGCGGCUUCAUUCCGGGGGGUCUGUGGACACUCUCAACGUGGUAUACUAGAAAAGAAACUGCGAAGCGUGUGAUGAUCUUUUAUUUUGGCAAUCAAUUCGGUCAGGCAUCAGCAAAGCUGCUGGCCUACGGCAUACUGCAUAUGCGCGGUGUCGGCGGGAAGCCUGGCUGGUUCUGGUUAUUCGUCCUCAUGGGAGGCUUCACCAUCCUUUCUGGUGCCAUUCUGGGAUUUUUCCUUCCAGACUCCUUCCGGAACCCGCACAGCACCUUUCUACCAAAAGUCAACAUCUUCACGGAACGUGAGAUUCACAUCCUGAAUACCAGAGUUUUGAUCGAUGACCCCAUGAAGGGUAAGAAAAAGAAGAGCAUCGGUCUCCCUGCCUUCAAGAAAGCCUUCUCCGCAUGGAGAAUGUGGAUACAUGUCUUGAUCACUCUCUCAAAUAAUGGUCCUCAACGUGCGUUCGAUACUUAUGCCCCUACUAUCGUCAGCAGCUUCGGGUUCGCCGCAUUGUCUGCAAACGCUCUUGCUUCGGUUGGCCUGUUUCUACAGAUCCCGGUGUCAUUUACCUUCAGUUAUGUCUCAGAUCGUUUUACUCGUCGUGGGGAGACAGUAAUUGCUGGUCUCAGCAUGCAUCUUCUAGGUUACAUCUUUAACCGGAUAUUCACCGAGAUCAACAAUCGUGGCUUGCGAUACUUCGGCGUUGUGUGGACCCAAACGUUUGGCACCUUUUCACAUCCUCUGAAUAUCACAUGGAUGUCGCUCACAUGUGAUGACUCUGAGGAACGAGCUCUUGCGAUGGCCAUGGUCAUUAUGGGCGCCAACAUCGCCGGUAUCUAUGGAGCCCAAAUAUUCCGACAGGAUGACCGUCCCCGAUAUCGCCGGGCAUUCAGUGUGAACUGUGCUGUUCUUGCAUUUGGCUUGAUUCUUGCUAUAAUUAGAUACAUAGAUGACCUCAGGACACGCCGUCGCACGAAAGAACGACGAUUCUCUGCAAUUGGAAAGCCUCCAGGCUACGCAAAGGCCAGUGAUGAGAAAUCAGGCCCUGAGGAAAAGGUUCUUGCUCCACCACCAAGUGCCGAUCAGCCAUCACCAGUCCUACUUGGAGGAGAUCUCAAGCCAACUGUAUCAAAUGGCCUCAGGGGCACCACCUGA